CAGCAUUUGAAGGCAGCACCAUUCAGACAGACAGCAGGACGUCUGACGGUGGAUCACAAAGACUCCGGUUCUCUGCAGGUUCUGUCUGGUACCGUGAUGACCCCCGACGAGACCGACGUGGAGCUGCAGCCUGCCCUGGGCCAGGCGGACCCGGUCCAGGCGGACCCCCCUCCGGUCCAGGACCCUCCGGCUCCGGAUGCUGAUGCAACGGAGGCCGAUGUGAGCGAAGCGGACCUGGACCAGGAGGAGCAGGAGAAGCAGCCGAUGACCGGAGGGGCUGAACGGGCCGCAGAGGCUCCGUCCGCCGGGGAGGAGGCGGAGAAGAACGGAGCCGUGAAGCUCAAGAUCCCGGACGAAGAACCGGAGGAGGUGAAGUUUACCGGACUGAACAAGGAGGAGCUGCUGAGGGUGGCGGGAACCCCAGGCUGGGUCCGGACCCGCUGGGCCCUGCUGGUGGUCUUCUGGCUGGGCUGGUUGGGGAUGCUGGGGGGGGCGGUUCUCAUCAUCCUGCAGGCCCCCCGCUGCAGAGACCUGCCCCACACCCACUGGUGGAACCAGGGACCCCUGUACCGGAUCGGAGACGUCCGGGCCUUCAGCGCCGCCCAGAACCUCAAGGGCGUGGAGCAGAAGCUCGGCCGUCUGUCGGAGCUGAAGGUUAAAGGUUUGAUCGUGGGUCCGAUCCACGUCGCUCCUCCAGACGACGCCGUCGCUCUGAGGUUCGAGGAAAUCUCAGCCAACGCCGGGAACUUGGAACAAUUUAAAAGUCUGGUCCGAGCAGCUCACAAGAAAGGUAUUUCCGUGGUUCUGGAUCUGACUCCUAACUACCGGGGAACGUCUGGACCGUGGUUCUCCAGCGUCAGUGUGACCAACGUGGCUGAAAGGCUGAAGUCUGCUCUGGUGUUCUGGAUGAACCAAGGCAUCGACGGCGUCCAGCUGUCUGGAGUCCAGAGGGUUUCCUCCGUGGUUCCGUCUCUGUGGACCGACAUCCGGGCCAUCGUCCAGAACGGAACCGAGGAGCAUCCGGAGAACAGGCUGCUGCUGGGCGUCUCUGAUCUCUCGUCUCCUGAAGACGUUUCUUCUCUCCUCUCGUCCUCCGGCGUCGACCUCCUAGUCUCCGGAGUCCUCAGCUCCUCGGUGGACGCCACUGAGCGCGCUCAGUCGGUGCAGCGUCUGUACUCGGAGCACGGCCAGCAGAGGCUGUCCUGGAGCCUGGGGGGCCGGACCGAGGGCCACAUGGCCUCUGUGGGCGGUCCAGACCUGGUCCUGGUCCACCAGCUGCUGCUGCUCACGCUGCCGGGGACGCCGGUGUUCAACUACGGAGACGAGAUCGGACUGAUGGACGAGGGCACCAGGUUUCCCAGGAUGCUCUGGGACUCUGACAAGGAGGAGCUCAACGGGACGCUGCAGGAGGAGCGUGCUGAGCGUCUGUCCUGUCGCAGCUUUUUCCGCAGCCUGUCUGAGCUGCGUUCUAAGGAGCGUUCUCUGCAGUUCGGUGACUUCCUGCUGCUCUCCAACUCGUCGUCGUCUCUCGUCUACCUGAGGAUCUGGGAUCAGAGCAAACGCUUCCUGGUCGCCUUCAACUUCUCCCCGGAUGAGUCGGCGUCGCUGCAGCUGAGCGGCGCCUCGCUGCCUCGCCGGGCCGACGUCGUCCUGGCAACCAACAGCAGCUUCCUGCCGACCGACGCCAGCGUGGACCUCCAGGAUCUACGGCUCGGCCCUCAACAGGCCGCCAUCCUCAGCUUUCCCUACAGCGGAUAGAGCAGCUGGAAAAGCAGAUUAGAGCCUCAUUCAGAUGGAAAAACACCAGAGAGGAGAUUUAAAUCAGUGGGCGGGUGGUAAAAACAUAUUUAAUCAGCUAGACAGAAUCAAAGUUUAUUAAUAAAUUAUCAUUAAACCUCCAGAAAAACAUUUAGGAUAGAAAACAACAGUUCAGAACUCCAUUUAGAUUCUGUCUGAUUUUAGGAUUCUUCUGUAUUCUGAGAGUCAUAACUCAGUUAAAUCCAAACCCACAGACAUUCAAAGACAUUUUUAGAUUCAGUGUGACCUAAACUUCUAAAACAUAUUAUUAUCUAUGAUGUCCAUUUGAAUAAACUUUCAGAAAUCAACUUAGAAUCCAGAGUUCAGAGCUGCCUUGAGAAUCUGUCAGUUUUUAAAUGUAGUUCUGUACAUUUAAAAGAUGAACCAACUCCAGGAGUCACAACUUAGUCACAUCUAAAAUUACAGACAUUAAUUAGAUAUUUUUAAACUCAGUGUUGCUUAAACUUCAUGAGGAAAUCAAUAUCUGUGAUGCCCAUUUAAAUAAAACUCCAGAAAUAUACUUAGAAGUUUAGAGAAAAAAACAGCUCAGAACUCCAUUUAGAAUCCGUCUGUUUUUAGGUUUUCUUCAGUGAUCCAGUUCUAGUUGUUUUUACCUCCAUGUUCCACUGAAAACAGGAGCUGAUAAUGAAGAACUCAGGUGCUUUCAAUGUGACUUCAUGUUAAAUUUCAGCAGAACAAACUGUAAUCACUGAGUAGGAGGGAAUGAAUUGCAUCUGAACGGAGCUUUAGUCAGUUUUUCUGGCUGAUAAAUGUUUGUUGGUGUUUUUGUCCUUCACAUGUCUGUUUGUGGUGAGUUUAAAUCUGAUCAUGUGUCGACGCACUUCAACAAAAACACAAUAAAAAUAAAAAUAAAUCAG